UCGUUAGCCAGCUGCUGCUCCUGCCUCCGGUCUGCUUAUUCCCGCCAUAGCUACUGGAGGAGCUCGUGUCCGAUUCGAUUGUCUGUCUCUACCAUCGCCAUUUCAAUUUGCAGAUUCUUAAUUCUGAAUGCAAAUGCCUCAGCAGCUAUGCUUGAAUUUGCCAAGAUUUUCGCAGCUGUUCCAGAUUCCAGUAAUCAAGUUUCCCCUGUAAUCCCUAAUAAGUGAUGCCGAUGCUGCAAUUCCUGUUCUUCCAUCAUACGCUGCGUCAACAUUAACCCUUACUCAAUCUUUAGGCGGCGCUUUCCAGGUUCAUAUUAUCUUCGGUAGCAGCAAUGCUCUCUGGAUCUCUUGCCACAACAAGGAAGAUAUCAACUUGGCCUCCGUUCUCUCAGAGAAUAAAGCAAACAGAAAAUGAGAUUGUCCAGAUGUUUCGUUUGCCUAAUUCCCGAGAAGAAAAGCUUAGCUUUCCCAUGGAAGGAGGAUGUGAUUCGAGGAAUGGCCAUAACGCUCGCAUAUUGGAUGAGAGAUUCAUUAGGAUCUUGAAAAUAUUUAAAUGGGGACCCGAUGCAGAAAAGGCAUUGGAAGUGCUGAAAAUGAAGGUCAAUGCUCGCUUGGUUCGUGAGGUUCUGAAGGUAGAUGUUGAGGUAAAUGUUAAGAUUCAGUUCUUUAAGUGGGCUGGGAAGAGAAGGAACUUUGAACAUGAUUCAACCACUUACAUGGCUUUGAUACGCUGCUUGGAUGAACACGGAUUCACUGGUGAACUGUGGAAGACUAUACAAGACAUGAUUAAAAGUUCAUGUCCAAUCAGACCUACAGCAAGCACUUACAACUCCGUUAUCUUGAUGUUGAUUCAAGAGGGGCAUCACGAGAAAGUGCAUGAGCUGUAUAAUGAAAUGUGCAGUGAGGGUCACUGCUUCCCUGAUACUAUUACAUAUAACGCACUUAUAUCAGCAUUUGCAAAGCUAAAUCGCGGUGACUCUGCUGUUAGAUUAUUUGAUGAGAUGAAGGAGAAUGGAUUGCAACCAACUGAAAAAAUUUAUACAACUUUGAUGGGGAUAUACUUUAAGUCAGGUAAGGUUGAUGAAGCUUUGGGCCUGGUCCUGGAGAUGAGAACACAACGUUGUUCCCCAACUGUUUUUACUUAUACAGAACUCAUAAGAGGAUUGGGGAAAUCUGGGAGGGUUGAUGACGCAUACAGCGUAUACAAGAAUAUGCUGAAAGAUAGUUGUAGACCUGAUGUUGUUUUGAUGAAUAAUUUGAUUAACAUCCUGGGCAGAUCAAAUCGCUUAAAGGAUGCUAUUAAGCUUUUUGAGGACAUGAAAUUGCUGGAUUGCACCCCAAAUGUUGUGACAUAUAAUACCAUUAUUAAAUCAUUAUUUGAUGCCAGGGCUCCACCCUCCGAGGCUUCUUUGUGGCUUGAGAGGAUGAAAAAAGAGGGAGUAGUCCCAAGUUCAUUUACCUAUUCAAUUCUCAUCGACGGUUUCUGCAAAACAAAUCAACUGGAGAAGGCUUUGUUGCUUCUUGAGGAGAUGGAUGAAAAAGGGUUCCCACCCUGUCCUGCUGCCUACUGCAGCCUGAUCAAUAGCCUUGGAAAAGCAAAACGCUAUGAGGCCGCAAAUGAACUGUUCCAGGAAUUGAAAGAGAACUGCGGACGUUCAAGUGCUCGUGUCUAUGCUGUGAUGAUUAAACAUUUCGGAAAAUGCGGUCGACUCAACGAAGCCAUCAAUCUCUUUAACGAGAUGAAAAAACUCGGAUGCGCUCCAGAUGUUUAUGCUUAUAAUGCUCUCAUGUCUGGGAUGGUGAGAGUAGACAUGAUGGAUGAAGCUCUUUCUCUCUUUAGGGCCAUGGAAGAACAUGGUUGCACCCCGGAUGUAAAUUCGCAUAAUAUAAUCUUAAAUGGCUUAGCUAGAACAGGUGGCCCAAAGCGCGCAAUGGAAAUGCUUAACAAAAUGAAGGCUUCUGCUACUAAUAAGCCAGAUGCAGUUUCUUACAACACCGUUCUUGGUUGUCUCAGCAGAGCAGGUCAGUUUGAAGAAGCUGCAAAACUUAUGAAAGAAAUGAGUUCACUUGGAUUUCAGUAUGACCUUAUCACUUACUCAUCAAUACUUGAGGCAGUUGGUAAGGUUGAUGAAGAUUCCAAUAUACUAGACUCUUGAAAUCAACCUGCUAUAACAUUUGUUGUAAUUUAUUUUAUAUUAUAUAUACACACCUUGCAUAAGAGAAAAUGUCUUGCAGCUUUAGCUAAGUCUUACCUACUUUAUUCAAGGUUUUAAGUUCUCUUGCUUCGGUAAAUAUAUUGCUCCUCCUUCUUAACCCGUAGUCUGUGAUGUUUAAAACCAUUUGAUAAAUGAAUUUGAUUCAAUUGAACUGGAGUUGGAUCCUUUUUUUUCUUGGAUAAUGGUUAUCAAUGAUGUUUACUUCUCAA